GCUAAACCAAACCGGUUUGGGUGGUCGGGAGGGGGCAGUCUUUACCUGCCUGAUACAGAUGGAGCAUGGCAUGGGGGUCCCAACUUGCGGUGGGCGCCGGCAUGUAACGCUGAACAAGUCACAUCCAAUUUGGCCUGUCAAAUAACGCAAUCGACGUAUUCCGUAUCGUGCGAUCAGUAAGCAAGAUUAAAUUAAUCCUCUUUUGUUAAGGUAAUAUUUAGACCAAUGCGUACCCACUCAACCCGCAGGUUAAUCUGCAGUAUAGUAGGGAAAGUAGGAUAGUAGUAGGGACGUUAGAAGCACAUCUGUGGCGAUAUUUUUCGCUUUUGUAUUUACACCGAAUAUGUAUUUCUUUCCCAGUAGUUAAAAAUAACCGUUAUAGAUAUUGCGAUUCUUAAAGCAACCCUACCAAAAUGUCUUCCCGGCGCUUCAUGUUACAGGAAAAAUACUUCUAACGUUCAAGGUGCGACUAGUCCGUGUAGUUCGGGGGAUUAGUGAUAUCUUUCAUGCACUUGUGUUUCUGUUAAACUGUACAAUAGCUGUGUUUGGUGGUGGGAAAGCGGGGCGUGUGGCGCGGUUUUUUGCCGCCUGCUGUUCCGCCGGUGGGGGCGGCUUUGUGCACCCAUUCCCGCCCUCAAUCUGUGUUUAUACAGGGGGACAUUCAUUAACAUCGCCUAUACAUCACUGCCGAAGCCGCAACCAUAAAACAGGCCUCGUACCCAUUCGCUAAUAUGUUCUAACCAGUAAAACACGCACAAAAUAUGUACAAAUGCAUUUGUUUUGAUUUGUAAACCCGACACCGAAAAUGGACUGAUGGACGGAUGAACACCUACUUACACUACAGUGCUAAAUAUCUUAUUUAGAUUGUUUUAACUGUUUGUAAUAUUUCAUAGUUAUUUUAUGUUUUUACUUUUUGGGUUAUUCAAUGUUUUAAUAUCCUAUAAGCCUAUUCUAGCGAUAAAUACAGACUUAGUCGUGGCGUGGAGUUAAAAGUCAACAUAACUGCGUAUUACAUGCACCUACAGACGAACACGAACAUUUUUAUCUGUGUAUGAUGAGUUCUGUAUGUAUGGAAUUAUACGAUAUGCAUAUUAUAUAUCCCAUAAGUCUAUCUUCCAGUAUUACUCUUUAUUAAUAAAAAUUCUGUAUGCGUUACACCAUCGAGGAAAUAGCUGCAGAAAAAAACGUUUGAUUUAACUGAUUGUUACUUUAUUAUGGCCGCAUACAGACCAGAUGAGAAUUGUGUUACACAGCCUUAUGUUACAGAUGUGUGGAAGUCCAUUUUAUCAGCACGGUAGGUUGGCGUGAUGUGCGCUGGUUUUCCCGGGACAGUGCGGUCCGGCAGAGCAGAUCCCAGCCGCUUGUAACCGGAGACGCGGAAGGUGAAACCCGGAGCCGAUCGGCAGCCAAUCAGCGGCCCGCGAUCCGUUUAAAGGGCCCAUAAAGAGAGGCAAUCGGACGGAUUCUUCACAUCUGAGCCCUGGAGGCGCAAGCAGGGAAACGCAUCACUGAUCUCUGACAAGCGCCCUAUUUGUCAUCUGAACGUAUUUUUCUGACUGUUUUUGGGGACCAACUGUUUAGAGACAACAUUUUAAACUGCCGGUAAGGAACCAGCCCGCACCUCAUCACCGCAACUCUUGAGUCAGGUGUCUGUGGAUCAACAAGAGGAUCUCGUGCCCACAUUUCGGGAUUUCUGGGAAUCUUCUCGGAGCUGCUCUGCCAUGCCCGUUCUCACCAGUGCGCAGCUCGCCUCCCAGUUUCAGGGGCGCUGGACAGCUCUCCAGCCCGAGGGCGACUCGGAUUCGGCUGGCUCUCUCCCGCUGGACGACAGCCUGACGAGUCUCCAGUGGCUGCAGGAUUUUUCCAUCCUGAGCGCCACGCUGGAAAGGCUGCCCCCGCACCAGGCGCCCCCCUGCCACAGAACGGACGCCCCUGCCAGUCCAGCAGCGGGUGACACGGCGGCCACGGGCACGCCCCGCGCCCUUGGCAGCCCCAUCAGCGCCAGCGCCUCCGCGGACGGCUGGCAGUGCCCUCAGGCGCCGGCGGAGGUGGACUACAGGACGGACCCGCGAGUGAAGCCCCCCUACUCGUACGCCACGCUCAUCUGCAUGGCCAUGCAGGCCAGCAAGAAGAGCAAGAUCACGCUGUCAGCCAUCUACAGCUGGAUCACGGACAACUUCUGCUACUACAGAUACGCUGAGCCCAGCUGGCAGAACUCCAUCCGCCAUAACCUCUCCCUGAACAAGUGCUUUGUGAAGGUUCCCCGGCAGAAGGGAGAGCCGGGGAAGGGUGGAUUCUGGCAGAUGGACCCCCAGCACGCUGACAUGUUUGUCAACGGCGUCUUCAAGCGCCGCAGGCCGGCCUCCAGCCACAUGGGGGCGCAGCGGCAGGGCAGGGAGGCUCCCCCUGUUGGCCGCCAGCUGGCUGUGGGGGUUCCAGUACUCGGCAGUAAACGCAAACACCCAGCACCUGGCAAGGCUGGGAAAUGUGGACGGAGCUCUGGACCCCCCCAGCCAGCGUCAGAGGCGAAGGAGAUGGGGGCCCUCAAGGGGGAUUUCAACUGGGCCCCCUCCUUCGAUGACGUCAUGGGCGGAAUGGGGAGUACCUUCGAGGACCUGGACCUCAACCUGGCCCUGAACUCCAUGGGCUGCGAACUGGACACCUCUCUACAGGAUCAACAUCAUGGCUCCGGGGGGCGCUGGUGCCCCACCGGGUCUGAACACGCCUGCGAGUACGUGGAAAUAAGCGGUGUGCCGGGCGGUGCCGCCGACGACCCCCAGACCCAACUGGAGGAGCUGACUCUCUUUCUGGAGCUGCCACACCCAUGGGAGGAGCUUAAGGAGGAGGCCACGCCCCCUGCGCUGGACCACGGCUUAUGCGAGGGCUUCUUUGCUGACACACAGCCCUGGGGCAGGGUGGAGUCGUACCUGUGACACCAGCCUACCUUGCCGUGCCGCUGCAGACACUCAGAAGAGCUACAGACUCCUGUUUGCUACAUUAGCAUUAUAUCUCCGUACAUAACGAACAUCUCGGUUUACCUUUUUACAUAUGUCUGAUGUAUUAACGCCGAGGCUUUUAUACAUGUCCAGUUUUAUUUCUCUUUUUUGCCCAAAAAAGAAUAACAUGACAUAUAAUUUAUAGUGCAAACAACUAAUGAAUUAUUGAAAAUAUUUUGUUGGGGGGAAAAAAUGAUAUGGAAUAUUUAGGUAUUUUUAGGCACUGGUUUAAGACAAUUAUGGAGGUAACUAAAUAAGGGAAAAUGUCCUCCAAACGCAAAGGAAAAAACAAUAAUAAUAAUAAUAAUAAUAAUAAUAAUAAUAAAGUCUUAAAGGAAAAAAAUGUCACACCUGGAAGUAGGCAAUGUAUAGAGCUUCUCAGGGGUGUGGCCAGAGAUUUUGGGCCCCAACCCAGAUCUAUUGAAUUUUGUUCCAGGACCCCCCCCCCCCCAACACCCCUGCUCCUGUAUUCAGGACCAAUAUCACACAGUUCUACCUGUACUUAAGAGUUUUAAAGAUCCUGCUUUUGACAAUUUUGGUGGAUUUCCAUUUUUUAAAAGAUUUUUAAAAAUCAGUAUUCUUUUUUUAUACGUGUGCAUUUUCUUUGGUUUUCUAUGUGUUCAGAUACACUGAAGUUAUUUUCGUGACUCUCGAUUUUACAUUAUUUUGUUUUCACGUAGUGAUGAAUAAUUCAAAUAAAUAUGCUGGCCAUUUGUAGUGCAAGGAAGACCAGUAUGAUUAUUAAAACUAUAUUUUAAUCUGUAAUUAUAAAUAUUCAUCGAUGUUUGUCUGCUUUUUUAAUUGCAAACAAAUCACGUGUCUCUGAGUUCCCAAACCAUGGCUCGUCAUAUGCAGACCCAAUGGUGCUAGAUUUUAAAAGGGGCUUUUUCUCCCCGUUUUUCUCUGAGAAGCCCUGAAAUGACUUUAAAAAAAA